AUGGCUAAGAUUGGGAUUUGGCGCUGGCUGAGGAUCAGACUCACGGUCUACCUGAUACGAUUCAUCCUCGGUUUCCGGAUGAGAUCGGUCGCCAAACGCGACAUGAUCCGCUUUGGCGAGAUGAAGCCUCGUCGAGUUCGCAUCCCUUCACGAGAUCCAGGAAGAUUUAUCGUCGGGGAUCUCUAUUAUCCGACUGGAGAGUCUGGCACGACCACGUCUGCCAAGCGUCCAAUCUUGGUCAACUGGCACGGAAGCGGCUUCGUCCUCCCAUGCCACGGCUCGGAUCGAGUCUUUUGUACUCGCUUCGCCAGAGAGACGGGCUUUGUUGUUUUGGAUGCAGACUACCGCAAAGCACCAGAGAAUCCUUUUCCGGCCGCUGUCCAUGAUGUGGAGGAUACCCUGAAAUGGAUUGCGUCCAAGCCAGACGAAUUUGAUGCAACUCGGGUCGCCGUGUCGGGCUUCAGUGCCGGCGGCAACCUCGCUCUGGUAGCUGCAUCAACACUCCGACAAGAUCUCGUCAAGUUUGGAGUCCAUGUGUUAGCGGUUGCCGCGCUCUAUCCGCCGACGGAUCUCUCGAUAGACGCGGCGUCCAAGAAGGUGCCGAACCCGGUCAAGCCCAUUCCGGCGGGUACGGCAGCCAUGUUUGACGACUGCUACACUCCCGAGUCGACACUGCGCAUGGAUCCUCGGGUCUCCCCUUCGCUUGCGGAGCCGUCUCUUUUCCCAUUGAGCACGACUAUCAUCACCUGUGAGGGCGAUACAUUGGCCCCCGAAGCUAAAGCGCUGGCGUCAAGAAUCGAAGAGGCAGGCAAAGCUGUCGUACACAAGACCUUGCCCGGGAUGCCGCAUGGCUUUGACAAGGACUGCACCGACGGAUCACCGCAAAGCGAGCAGCGAGAGGUUGCGUACUCUCUGGUCAUCCGCACACUACAAGCGGCAUUGAAGAAAUAA